CUGGCUAGGCUACAUCGCGCGCCUUGCAGGCCAAGAACAAGAAUGAUCAAAUGUCAAGGCGGUAGCUAGCGACCUUCACUGAUCGCGCUCCAAGCGUCGCCGAAGCUAAUGUGCUUGCACGCACCUUGAACCUGAUCGAUGGACCUGUCACGUUCCGUCGCCGUCCUCGUCCUCGCCGUCGCCAUCUGCUUCCCGUCCGCGUCCGCCGAGGACCAGCUGGCCGUCGGCGAGAGACUCCUUGAGGUGCAAACCCUCGUGUCCGAUGGCGGCGCCUUCGCUCUCGGCUUCUUCUCCCCGGACGACGCCGCCGGCCCCGCGAGACGGUAUCUUGGCAUAUGGUAUAACGGCAUGUCCGGGCCCCGCACCGUGGUCUGGGUGGGCAACCGGGAGGCCCCGGCCGCCGGCUCCCCGACGCUCGCGCUGGCCAACGACUCUAGCCUCGUCGUGUCCGACGCCGACGGCCGCGUGCUCUGGAGGACUCCCGGCUCGGGCGGCUCGUCCUCCUCGUCCUCGUCGCCGCCGCCGGCCCUGCUGACGAACGAGGGCAACCUGGUCGUCCGGUCGCCGAACGGCACGGUGGUGUGGCAGAGCUUCGACCACCCGACGGACACGUUCGUCCCGGGGAUGAAGGUGCGGCUGAGCCACCUAACGGGGGAGGGCAACCGGAUCGUGUCCUGGAAAUCCCCCGGCGACCCGGCGGCGGGGAGCUUCUCCUACGGCCUGGACCCCGGCACGUCGCUGCAGCUGCUCAUGUGGAACGGCACGCGGCCCUACUGGCGCACGCCCGUGUGGAAGGGGUACGCCGUCGCCAGCAUGUACCUCAGCGCCGGCACGGUACUCUACACGGCGAUCGUCGACACCGAGGAGGAGAUCUCCAUCGCCUUCACCCUCUCCGGCGGCGCGGCGCCCACGCGGUACGUGGUGACCAGCUCCGGCAGGUUCCAGCUCCUUAGCUGGAACAGCACCGUGUCGGCGUGGGCCACGCUCCUGUCGUGGCCGUCGAGCGGGUGCAGCACAUACAAGCGCUGCGGCGCGUACGGGUACUGCGACGUCACCGCGGCGCCGGCGGCGUGCAGGUGCCUCGACGGCUUCGAGCCGGCGAGCCCAACGGAGUGGGGCGCAGGCAGGUUCGAGCAGGGGUGCCGGCGGAAGGAGGCGCUGCCGCCUUGCGGCGGCGGCAUGGGGGUGGGUUUCGUGGCGAUGCCGACCAUGAAGGUGCCGGACAAGUUCUCGCUGGACGCCGGCAACCGGAGCGCGGAGGAGUGCGCGGCGAGGUGCGCCGCCAACUGCUCGUGCGAGGCGUACGCGUACGCCAACCUGCAGAGCAGCAGCGCCAAGGGGGAACUGAGCCGGUGCAUCGUGUGGGCAGGGGAGCUGGUCGACGCGCAGAUGAUCGGCCCGCGCUGGGGCGGCGAGACGCUCUACCUCCGCGUGCCCGUCGCUGCUGCUUCCACUUGGCCAGGUGGAAAGGCCAGCAGAAAUGCAGUGAAGAUUGCAGUGCCGGUGUCAGCAGCUGUGCUGCUGCUGACAUGCAUUUUAUUUCUAUGGUUCUGCAGAUUCAGAGACAAGAGAAGGAAAACCGAGAGCCAGAAGACGCUAAUGCCCGGGACAAGGACGGGGACCACAAACACGUCGAGCGAAAUCGGUGAAGGAGAUCACACCGGAGACCUCGAGUUCCCGUCCAUACGAUUCGCCGACAUCGUCGCCGCCACGGGCAACUUCUCCAAGGCCCUCAUGAUCGGCCGCGGAGGCUUCGGCAAGGUCUACAAGGCAAAACUAGACGGCGGUCAGGUGGUCGCUGUGAAGAGGCUGAGCAAGGAUUCAGAGCAGGGAGCAGAGGAGUUCAAGAACGAGGCGACUCUGAUCGCCAAGCUGCAGCACCGGAACCUGGUCCGCCUCCUCGGCUGCUGCACCGAGGGGGCCGAGAAGCUGCUCAUUUACGAGUAUUUGCCCAACAAAGGCCUCGACGCUAUCCUCUUUGACCGUGCUAGGAAAGCGGUGCUGGACUGGCCGACGCGACUAGGCAUCAUCAAGGGCGUGGCGAGGGGGCUUCUCUACCUGCACCAGGACUCCAGGCUGACGGUGAUACACAGGGACCUCAAGGCCAGUAACGUGCUGCUGGACGCGGAGAUGCGGCCCAAGAUCGCCGACUUCGGCAUGGCCAAGAUCUUCGGUGACAACCAGGUGAAAGCCAACACCCGGAAAGUCGUCGGAACAUAUGGCUACAUUGCCCCCGAGUACUCGACGGAGGGCGUCUUCUCCGUCAAGUCCGACGUGUACAGCUUCGGCGUGCUGCUGCUGGAGAUUGUGAGUGGCAUCAGGGUAAGCGCAACCGAGGGCAUCAUGGAGUUUCCCAGCCUCAUAAUCUAUGCAUGGAGCCUGUGGAGGGAAGGAAAGGCAGGGAAGCUGGUGGAUCCAUCCAUGGCAGGGGGCUGCUCACAGGAUGAGGCUUCGCUGUGCAUCCACGUCGGGCUUCUCUGCGUUGAGGACGACCCGAGCCGGAGGCCGCUCAUGUCGUCCGUCGUGUCCAUCUUGGAGAACGGAAGCGCGUCGUCGCUGUCCCUCCCGACGCCGGUGCAGCCUGCUUUUAUCGAAAUGAUGGGAGAGAAGAGCCAGAGAAGCGAUCUCGAGAACACCAGGAACACCAUGGCCAUGACAGUUCUGCAAGGCAGGUAGUAUGGUAUAUACAGUAGUAACUGCAACAUUCUUCACAAGGAAGCUGCACUAGUCCUAGUGUUCCAGUUUUUGUUUUUUUACUGGGGGAAACUCCAG